GAUGAGGUUUUUAUUUUAUUGUACACUUGAUAACACACUGAAAAAACCCUAUAAGUAUAAUCAAGCGGGGGAAUUUUAAUAAGAGUUUAGUAAGACUUCUCCCCCUAUUAAUCAGUAGAAAUUAUCUUUGUAGAAGAAACCUGUGAAUGAAAAGAAUAAGUAAAAGCCUUCCACAGUUAUGUAGCCCUUGUUUAAAAUCAAAUAAGUACAAUGAAGAGAACUCCAGACUCCCCUCAUGGUUCACCAGGAAUCCUACUUGAGCAACAUGAACAUAGGGAAUGAAACGUCUAUUAGUGAGAUCUCUACUGUUUGUGGCUCAGAGUGCAUUGUUAUGGAAAAAACUUUAUCCUAGAAAAGUAUUUUCAACUGGAAAUACACUGUUUUGCAUCAAGCUGGAGUACUGAAUGGAAGCCUUACAAUAACAUUUGUGCAUCGUUAUGGAAACACAGACUGUGCUAUUGUAAGGGGAGGGUCUGGGUGCCCUUUAAGAAUAGAAUGUGGAAUACUAAACCUGAAUUUAAGCAAAGAAUAGUAUUGAAUGGGAUAUUUACUGUUGAUCAAGAUUAGCCUUAGGAAAGAGUAGUAAAUGAGAUUACUAAUGAUGGAAAGGUUAUUGUGCAGAAGUAUGAGACUGAUGUUCUUGGAACAAAAGGUGAUACUUCAUAACCCAGUGUGUCAGUGUCCAUGGUUUACUUAUUACUGCAGUUGGACAAUUAGUUUGUAAUCUGUUUUAGGCAGUCACAUAUGGACACUGAGUCAGAACGCAUAACAUAAAGGAAUAAAAAGGACACAAAACUGUAUAUACAUAUCCACUAGAACAUCUGAAAAGUGUAUUUGCAUAAGGACUGGAAAUACUCAUGGGUAAAUUAACCUAAUAAGAUUUUAAGUUUUACAAACACAUACAGCACUUACUGUGUACUAGACUUUUUUUUAAAUGCUUUUCAGAUAUUAACUUAUUCAGUCCCCUUAAUUCUAUAAGAUAGGAACUGUUAUUAUCUCAAUUUUACAAGUGGGGAAACUGAGGCACAGAUCAUAAGAAACCUACCUAAGGACACACAACUAGUUAGGAGUAGAGAGAUUGACUCCAGAGUUCAUGUUUAUAACCACUGUGUUACGCUGCCUCUGCAGUGAUUUUUUUUUUCCCUUAAUGUGUUUUUAAAAAUUUUCUUCACUGUUUUUAUAGUAGAUAUUUGGUAAUAAAAAUCAAAUUCCUAAAUAAUGAGAAAGUUAUCUGGCUCUUUGCCUGUGGAAUUUCUGGUAAUAUGAGAGCAAAGCUCCCUUUAAAACAUGAAGUCUAGAUUGAACAUUGAGAAUCACUGCAUUUUCUGGGCUCUCGUUUCCCAAGAAUUUCACCACCUCCAUCCCUGAAGAUUAUAGUCGACCAGGGGCUGGAGGACUCGCUGGAGGUUUGGGCAAGUCAGAGGAAUGCCCCUUGAUGGGUUUAGAAUUACCCUUCAUGAGGCAGAGGGCAAGAAACACCUCUGUACAGGAAAUCCAUUUCUCAAGGUCUCCCUGGGAUGCAGUGUUUCCUUAUCUUCUCUAGAUGAAAAGAUUGCUUGAUAGUAGGGAGGACUCAGAAGGGAAGAGAGAUCAUCAAUCACCUCAUAAAGUGAGGAAGUUUCUCUGCUCAGAGUGGAAAGAGGGGGUAAGAUGAAUAGGAGGACUUGGGUGGUAUUUCUUUGGUUCACAAAUAUUUCCUGUGUUCCCCUAAAGUUGGGCUAUAAUUUGGGACCAACAGUCCUUCCUGGAUAGGUUUCAAUGGUAUUGGUUAGAAAUCCAGGGUACAAAAAGUUCAUCUAGUUCUCUAGGGGUCCAUGACGCUCCAAGGGGUGAGAAGCAGUCACCUGCUGGUAUUGUGGGAUGCUGUGUUCACUAUCUGAUGCCUAUAGCUGGUGCUUAUAUAGGUGGUAUCUGAUCCUUACCUUAAUGUACAGUUAACCCAAUAAAUGUUGCAGGGGUAAAUUAAUUGGAUUUCUCAUGUGAUUUGUGCAAAGAUCAUUGAAGAGUCUAGAGCUAUCAGCAUUAUCUCUGUAAGAGAAAGCAAUCUAAUGUAUCAAGAGUUGUACUGCCAAUAUAUGGGAACUGUAUUCUAAUACCCAAAGAAAUACACUUUGAGUGAACCCAGAUUCUCUUGAUUUAGUGACUCCAGAGGGUUUUGGAAGUCAUAUACAAUAUUCCACAUGCAUCCUGGUAAGUUCUUCUGUAACUAUAUUACCAAGCCUAGUAUUUUUUAAAAAGUAUUUCUCUUUAAAAAUUUUAUUUAUUCAUUUGGCUGCGGCAGGUCUUAGUUGCAGCAUGCAGGAUCUUGUUUAGUUGUGACAUGUGAGAGCUAGUUCCCUGACCAGGGAUCGAACCCAGGCCUCCUGCAUUGGGAGCAUGGAAUCUUAGCCACUGGGCCACUGGACCACUUUAGGAAGUCCCCAAAAAAUAUUUCUAAAAGGGCCUUCUGGACUUCUAAAGGGUUGUUCUAAAAGGAUCCCAGUCUUGUGUUUCCUCCUAGGAGGAUUCCCUAUCUCCCUACCACCUAUCAUACAACCUCAUGUGUCCAGGACUCCCAGGUCCCCUCUUACCUCCCUUAUUCUCACCAAAACAUGGCUCAGUUCAUUGCCCUUUUGAUACCCCUGCUUCACUCUUCCCCAGCUCUGAAACCUUCUGGGCCCGGUUGGAAGUCUCCAUUCAUCCAUCAUCUGCUGAAACAUGAGUCUCCUCUUUGCACAGCACCUCUUAAGAUCCUUGCAGGGAGUGGCUGCUUUCUCUCCUACUCUUCUUCACUCGUUGUUCUCCUUUUUUGUUCUCCCACCCUUAGAUUGUUCUCCCUCCCUUUUCUCUAAAACAGUGCUGACUCUUGGAAGAUCAGACUGUCAUAUCACUCCUGCUGCUUUGUUGCAGUCACCUUAUGAAUGGUUCACUUGUCUGCAAAGAUUUCUACUCUUGCAGUAUUGUAUCUAAAACCAUCCCCAUCAUACUCCCAGUCCCACUAUCCGUGUAGACGACCUUCCCAUGUCCUGACCUCACAGCUUUUCAACCUCUCUGCUAGUGGUUUUGCCUCCCACCCAGCCUGCAAGACACUGCCACAUUGUCAUCCCUAGGACCAUUCCGUUACCAGUGACUAGGACCUGCCCACCAUCUGUUUCAAGUAUCUUUUCCUAUGCUAGUUGGCUAUUUAGUACCAAGAUUCCAACAAUCCCUUGACUGAAGCUUCCUUCUGGGUUGCUCCCAGGAGACGACUUUGCUUCCUGUUUCCUGAGUGAAUAGCAGCCACCAGCAGAGGCCUUCCACUGUAGGUCUCCACCUGCUCUCCCACGUUCGGUAACAUCCGUGCCUUCCCACUGGUGCCUUGAUACAAACUGACUGUGUUGGCGUCAGAGCCUGUUCCGUGUCCACUGCCUCAGGACGUUGUUCCUGCAAGUUUCCCUGAUCUCUUGUAUCACCAGGCUUUCUAUAUAUACUGAGUUAUCUCCAUUGAUGUGCAAACAUACGUUAAAAAAAGAAAACCCUCUAGCUCCUGUAUCAUUCUCUGCUUUGUUACAGAAAGCAGAAUUUCUCAAAGGUGGUCUCUUUUUGCUGUCUUCAUUUCCCUUCCAUUCUUUCUUCUGCUCAGCCAUUCAGUUGCGUCUGUCUCUUUGUGAACACAUGGACUGUUGCCCACCAGUCUCCUCUGUCCAUGGAAUUUCCCAGGCAAGAAUACUGGAGUGGGUUGUCAUUUCCUCCUCUAGGGGAUCUUCCCGACCCAGGGAUUGAACUGACGUUUCCUGUAUCUCCUGCAUUGGCAGGCAGAUUUUUUACCGCUGAGGCCCUGGGGAAGCCAUUCUUUCUUGAACCCACUCCAAAACGUACCUUGCUGCCACAUGUCCUCCACAUUGCUGAAUCCAGUGGUCAGUUCUGCUUUCUUCCUUGGCUUUAGCAGCAGCAUCUCAGAUUCUCAGGUGAUGGUCCUCUCCUCCCUGAAGUACGCUCACCUGGCCUUUGGGGCUCGACCCCUGCCCCUCUGGCCUGCACUUCAGGUCCCCUUUGCUGUUUCCUCCCCACUUCCGUCUGCUCACACUACCUUGACCUCAUCCAGUCUUGAGGCUCUAUAAACACCACAGAUAUGCUGUUGAAUCUCCCUUUACGUCUACAGUUUGGUGAGUUUUGAAAAAAAAUGUCCAUGUGCUUGUAACCACCACUACAGUAAAACUAGAGUCUUUUCCCUUCUCCAAAAAGUCCCCAUGUCUCUUCACAGUUAAUCCCCACCACAACCUAAGACCUGGGCAGCCACAUGUCUGUUUUGUGAAUGUACAUUAGAACUGUCUUUCCGAGUUUUAUAAAGGUAGACUUGUACAGUGUUCUGUUUGUAUGCUGCCUUCUGUAUCCAGAUGCUUUUGCCCAGCAUGAUUUUGACGGCUCCUGCACGUUGCAGUGUGUGUCCGUAGCUUGCUUUCCGUUGGGUGGGUGACCGCAGUGGUCAUUCUGCCCACCUGUAGAUGGACAUUACCUUGAGCCCAGCUCUGGGCCAGUGUAAAUACAGCUGCUCUGGAUGUUCUUUUUCAGUGUUAUUUGUGUGUGCAGGUUUUCAUUUAUCUUGGGUAAAAACCUAGCAGUGGAAUAGCUGAGUUGUAUGGUAAGUAUAUGUUUAACUUCAUAAGCUACUUCUAUGGGCCUUUUCAUCUGAUGUCUUUAUUCUGUUUUACAUUCUGGGAAAUUUAUCUCUUUUUUUAAGAUUUCAUCUAUGUAUUUAAAUUUUUUCUCUUUUUAAGACUCCUAUUAUUAAUACUUAGAUGUUAGCAUGUUUGUGUCUGUUGUCAAUAUGUCUUACCUUUGCUUUCAUGUUCUCUAAUUCCUUUUUCUUUCUUUCCUCUGGACAUUUCCUGUUUGCUAUGCUAGUUUGCUAAUUUGUUUCUCAGCUGUCUAUUUGCUACUUAAUUCCUCUAAUGUAUCUUCAUUUCAACAACUGUUUUACAUAUCUAAUAUUUCUUCUUGGUUAUCUUUUAUAUGUUAUUAGUCUCAUUCCCUAUUGUUAAUGUCAUGCCUUAUCUCUCUAAAUGUAUGUUACUACUUUAAAAUUUUGGUCCAUCUGUUCUAAUAUAUGUGCCUCUGAUAGAAUCUGUAAUCCAGUGUGCUGUUUUUCUUUUGGAAAUAAGUAUGCUUAGAAAAUUGCUUAUUUCCUUGGCCAGUGAGCAUAUUUAUUUCUCUUGUUUUCAUCAGCUACUUGUUUUUAUGCAUACAUGGGACGGGAUCAGAUCCUGGUCCCUAUGAACCCCAGUGAGUUCAGGCUUGGGAGGAUGGAUCCUGGAAUGGGGAGGUGAAGGCACCAGAAAGCUAGUCAGUGACUUCUUACCUCCCAAGGUAACUGAAGUGUGAUCCGCAAGCCCAGGACUUCGUAGAGUCAGGGUGGAAAAACACGUGCCUUGUGUCAUGGAGUCUCUGCCUCUUUCUCAGCUACUCCCAAGCACGAGUUACUGCCCAACCUUGACUCCACCCCUCAGCGACCUGGACCAGGGGCUGUUCAUGGCCGUGUUGAUGCUGGACCAUCCAACCAUCACGCUUUCCUCACUUCCCACUUCACCACCCUGUCUUCACUUGCUGCAUUGCACGCGUCUCUACUUGACAUCACCGCGUACAUUUUCUCCUUUCUUACUGCCCACUCUGUCUCCCGAUGCCACACACCAGGCUCUGUGCUCCGUGGGGACCUCAUUGGUCCCGGUCUGCCAUGUCUGAGGUGCCCAGCAUGGCACUCUGGGUCUGGAAGUGCUUGGGACACCAGCAGGUUGUCAGCUGUGCUUCUCGACCUCCUCAUCUGGAUCUCCUGACUGUGGAGAUGUGGGGGGACUGAAGGGGUGCGACACAGGGAGAAGGGCGAUAAGGUCUCAGCAGAUGGUCACGAAGCCCUGUAUGUGGGAGAAGGCCUGGUCAGAAGGCUCAGCCAUAUGAUGGGGUCCAGGGUGGAUGGAUAUCAAGGAGGCAGUUACAGGAAUUGGUCAGAAUUACCAAUAUCCUUUUAAAUGUGCUGGAACUGAAUGAGACUUUUAAGACAAUGACCAUUAUCAAAAUGUGUAAUUUCUUAAUAUGAAGAAUAAGUGUUUAAAUUCUUAAAAAAAAAAGCAAUUAACUCAGAAGCAAUAAGGCAGCCUUGCCUUGUGGACAGAGGAGAGAAGGGCCUGGGAAUGUGUGCAGUGCUGGGCGCUCCCAGCAACACAGUCUUCAGUCAGGAGAGCCAGGGCUCAUGCCAGCCUCCCCCGCAGAAGCUGUUCUUUCUGCCUGGACAGUGAGUGCCCUCCCUUAUGACAUCACAAAGACGAAACCCCUCUGCAGGUGGAGCGAGCAUGGCAGUUACGGGCAGCGCCCUGCUCAAGAUUAUUUUCCCUUAGAAAGACACCCAAAUGUCACCAAACAACCCAUACAGCUCGAUAAGCCAUUUCAUUUGGCCCAUGGAGCCAUCCCAAGACCCAGAGCUCCGCGUACCACACCCAUGCAGCCCCCAGCGAGCACUGAUGAUGAGAAGAGUGAGCCUGCGAGGACCACCCUUGGUUUUAUAGGAUAUUCAAUGGGCCUAAACACCAAUCCCUGGAAUGCAGCAUGGAUUCCUCAUAGACCUGCUCUUGUUAAAGUAAUUACAAUUGCGUGUAUAGCUCUCACUAUUGCCCUGAUAUUUGGGACCACUAUUUCCUACGUGAUAUAUCGACUGGUAGAGGCUGAGGAAAAACAACAACUUGCAUCACUUUAUAAAAAUAUCAAGAUCCCAUCGUUAGGAGAUGAAGAGGAAUUCUUUGAGGAUGAGGGCCAGGAUGAGUCCACGUACCUCCUUCCGGAGAAUGAGCGGGAACUGGAAACUUUCAUUCAUUCAGUAUCUCAGCAACAUGAUGUCUACAUUUUAGUUAUUAGAUCGAAAAGGAGAAAACAUUUUGAAAAGCAGAGAUUGAAUGCAGCACAAAACUUAAUAAAGGAAGUGAAAGUAAAGGAUCCUGUACAUACUGCAAAAGCAGGGAGUCCGUGAAAGCAAGUGACGGAGAUGCAGGACGUGCUCGCCAGUGCAGAGGAACACCUGCGGGAGGACAGAUGGCUGAGAACAUGGGCCUGACUUCCUUCUGGAGAGCCUUGUACAGAAGCACCCUGAACGAUGACAACUAGACAUGAAAGCAGAAAAUAAAUUCACAUGAUGUAGCAAUUCUUGCUUCCUAGCUCUCAUAGUUUUAUGAAUAAAUAUAACUUAAUUGGAAGAGAAA